AUGGAAAUAACAACGCUUUUAAUAGCCAGUGCUAUUCUUCUAAUUAUCUACGCGAUCUUCCGCAAGCCUGAUCCACGUCUCCCGCCUUUCCCAACUCGACCGUUGCCGUUUGUGGGCAACAUUCUCUCCAUGAAGGAAGAUUACCGUGUUUUGUUCAGGGAGUGGCGACAGAAAUGUGGCGAUCUCUUCAGCUUGUACAUGGCUGAAAAACUGGUGGUUGUUCUCAACGGUUAUGACGUCAUCAACGAAGCCUUGGUCAAGAGAGCAGACAUUUUCUCUGACAGGCCACCGAUUUUAAGCGACAAGGCUACUGGAUUACCCGGGAAAGGAGUUAUAUUCGCCAGUGGGAAACUGUGGAAAGAGCAAAGAAGUGUCUCCUUGUCCAUCCUCAGAGCUUUCGGUAUGGGGAAGAAUUUUCUGGCAGAAAAGAUUCAAGAAGAGGUUGGCUGUUUCAUUAAGUAUCUGUCAGACCUGAAAGGAAAGCCUAUAGAUUUCAGGAUGAUGAUGAACGUUAGCACGUCCAACAUAAUUUGCUCCAUCAUGUUUGGUAACCGGUUUGAGUACGACGAUAGGAAAUUCCAAGAUCUAAUCCAUAAACUGGCUUUAGUUGUCGGCCAACAACAGUUUAUUGGGCUUAUUCAAUUUGUCGAGUGGCUGAAAUACAUUCCUGGAGAUUUCUUUAAAGGAAAAAGCAUAGCUGCAAAUUCCCGAGGGGUAAUAAACAGUCUAGCCACAAUUGUCGAGGACAAGAAGCAUGCUAUAGAAGAUUCGUACGAUGUCAGUAAUUUUAUUGAUGCAUACCUAAUUGAAAGAAACAAGAAAAUCCAGGCAGGGAUACCGACCACACUUGAUGAUGAUAAUUUAACUAAAAUUAUAACUGAUCUUUUUACGGCUGGAACAGAGACCACUAGCACUACGAUCUACUGGUGCGUACUGUAUAUGUUAAAUUACCCGGAAGUGCAAGAAAAAGUUUUUUGUGAGAUCAAAGAUACAGUGGGAACUGAUCGACCCCCAACCAUACAGGACAAGAAUCAACUGACAUAUCUGAAUGCUGUAAUUUUGGAAACCCAACGUCUGGCUAGUAUUGUUCCUUUAGCUGUGACCCACGUGUGUUCUGAAGAGGUCACUUUGAGGGGCUACACAGUGCCUAAGGGAACCUGGAUCAUUCCUAACCUGGACUCAGUCCAUCACGACAAGGCUACUUGGGGAGAGGAUGCUUUGAAUUUCAGACCAGAACGAUUCAUUGACAACAACGGCGCUCUAGCCAACUCCGAACAGUUUAUGCCGUUCGGAACUGGCCGCCGUGUCUGCCUGGGGGAAAGCUUGGCCAAAAUGGAAUUGUUCCAGUUUCUCUCCAACAUGUUCCAGAGAUUCCAAUUUCUCCCAGCAACGCCAGACAACAUCCCGCCAUUAGAAUACACAGCUGGAGCCGUGAUAGCUCCAAAACCUUAUCUCGUGAGGAUGGUCGAGAGAAAGUGA